AUUAUAAGCCCUUUUUUGGGAGUGUUAGAGUGGCUUUUCGUUUGCACUUGGGUGGUACCUCUCUCUACUCGUGUUGUGGGGGUUCAGUUCAGCCUUUGAUUCUAUGGAUCUUCACGAAAACUCCCAGAAUUCUGGGAUGAAGAAACGAAAGCCGGAGCAGGAUGAUGCUUUGAUCAGUAAUCAUGGAAAUUCUAUGAGUGUAGGAGAGUCAUCUGGGAGUGGUGAUCUCUGCAAGAGUUCUACCUCAGGAUCACUGAAUUCAAACAAUCAAAAUGGUUCCAAUUCUGACAUUUCAUGUCAAGAAGAUGAGGAUAUGAUUGAUGAUGAUGCAGAUAUGAUUGAUGAUGAUGAUGCAGAUGAAGAUGCUGAUUAUGCUUUUAGUUACAAUGACGAUAUUUAUGAAGACAAUUAUUCAAGUAUGCAGGAUCAUUUUGACAGUGUGGAUUUACCUCCUGGGGUGGAGGCAUCACUGCCUUGGUUGAAGGACAUUUCUUCUAGUGAUUGCAAGCAGGUUGUCGCCUUUCCCCGUGCAGAAUCUAGUUCAAAGGGAAAAGUGGAUGAAAUUGAUGAUACGGUCAUGGAGAAGUUUCAACAAUUCAAGCAAUUUGAUACUGUUGAUUCUUUUCCUGAACAUCACUAUGAUAAGGAGCGAACUUCAGAGUCACAGAAACCUAAAAAUUGGGCCAAAAAGAUCCUGGAGGAAUGGAAAAUUUUAGAGGAAAAUCUGCCUGACACAAUCUUUGUGAGAGUUAGUGAAUCAAAGAUGGAGCUUCUAAGGGUUGUCAUCAUUGGACCUCAAGGCACACCAUAUCAUGAUGGUCUUUUCUUUUUUGAUUGCCUCUUUCCUGCUAACUAUCCGGCAUUUCCACCGAAAGUUCACUACCACUCAGGUGGCCUAAGACUAAAUCCAAAUCUAUAUGAAUGUGGAAAAGUGUGCCUUAGUCUUCUGGGAACUUGGCAUGGUAAGAAUAGUGAAAACUGGAUUCCAGAAAAAUCAACCAUGCUACAAGUAUUGGUUUCAAUACAAGCUCUAAUUCUAAAUGAGAAGCCUUUCUUUAAUGAACCUGGAUAUAUAUCAACAUAUCCUGGAGCGGAGGGGCAAAGAAGAUCUAAGGAGUACAAUGAGAAGACAUUUAUUUUUUCCUUGAAGACAAUGAUGUAUACCCUGCGUAAACCUCCAAAGCCCUUCGAGGAGUUUGUUGCAGGGCAUUUCCGAACCCGAGCAUAUUUCAUACUGACAGCAUGUAAAUCAUACGUGGAGGGGGCUCCUGUCGGGUCGGUUGUACAUAAUCUAGUUCCAAGUAUUAGUAGUUCUACAACUCCGGCUAACGGCCAAAAGGAAUUCGAGUCAGCUGUGAGUGGGAUGAUGAAUACUCUUAUUGCAUUUUUCACCAAAAAUGGCUCCACAGACUGUGAUGAGUUUCGAUCUCCUGAGAUUUAUAACCUGUCUUCUGUGGCUACUGCAAACUUAGAGGUUUACAAGAUAGAGUCUUCUGGCACAACAACAUUGACCCAGGUGUGAAUGUCCUUAGUAUUUAUUUAUGCUGAGAAUGGAGUGUAGUAGUGGGUACCUUUUUUUUCUCAUACUUUUUUGUGGUGAUUUUUAUGUCCCACAUAACCACCCUCCUUGCUGAUUAUAUAACCCCUAGUUGUAAAGAUUUACAUCCUAGUCUUUAGCUUUUCCAAACAUGGGUACUUGUUUCUUAUAAUUUGCAUGUUUCUUUAAUAAAAUGUCAAUAGUUUUGAGAUUA